GUGGAAUGGAACGGUGGAAUGGACAAGAGCUGGCGGUGACAAGACCACACCAGAGUACUCAGUGCAUGCGACGGGACAGGACGCACCAGAGCUGUGCUGUGAGGAGUCCCCACACAGCACACUCGUCUGUGUCUGACCCGGAGCUUUAGUGAGGCGUUAUUCGUGCAGCUGACGUCGUGGCCAGACUGUGGGACUUGAAGGUGCCCUCAAGGCCACAUUGGAUCAUGGCGGGCAGAUUCCUCAACCUGUUCAAGGUGUUCAGCUGGAAAAGAAACACAGACGCUGGAGCUGCCCCAGCACAACACCCGGAAGAGCCAGAGCAGUUCCAGCCUCUGCAGGAUGAUGCAGCCAUGGACCGAAGACAAGAGCAGGAGCCCACCCGUGGCCGCUUCAGCAGAACGCUGAAGAGGUUCCGGAAAUUCCUGCCAAUUCGGCAUCGAAAGAUCAGCCCCAUAGGAACUGAGGGCACAGCUGAGCCUGACUCCGGGCUGACCGAGCUCCAGGCAGAGCCUGAUGUCAGCCCAGAUUCAGCUGAGCCCUCAGAAAACUCCGAUGCUGCCGUGAGUGACAACAGGGCAGAGGCUGACGUGGCGCUGACCGAGGACAUGGCCAUUCCAAACACCGGAGAGACUCAGGGCAUCACAAAUACUGACACUAUGCCCCCUCCCACAGUGCCAGCUACUGUGAGGAACAUUCACCAGAGUCUCAUGUGCUAUGUUACGGUGGAUGCCACACUGCCCACUAACAUUGUGAAGCUGGCUGAACAACACCCUAUGGAUGUGGUGCUGACCCUCCUGCGCUGUGCCCCAUCGUGUGACAGAGCUGCUGCAGUGAUGUGGAAAACCAUAGCCUCAUCAGGACCAGUGUUGGAGAAGGUGCUGCCAACACUGCUCCGUGUGAUGGAGAACUGGCCACUUUGCAGCAUCUGCACCUCUGAUGGGGACAAUAAGGACGUUUUUGCUCUGGCUGCAACUCUGGUGCUCUGGGUGAUUAUGCAAGUGCCCCAGAGCCAUGAGGUGAUAAUGCAUGUUUGCCCAUCUCUGUUUACGGCUCUGCUGUUGCACGUUUUCACCACCACACAGCUGAUGCCAGCAGAAGUUGAUAACUUCUGGAGAGAAUGCCAGGAGCAACACCACCUUCCCAGAAAACCCAACAGGUUUGCAGUGCAGGCCAUGAAGGCGCUGCUCUGCUGUCUGCAGUAUGACAGUGAGCUGAUGGCCAUGGAGCGCAAGUGUGGCUGGGAAACGCUGCUCCGUGCUGACACCCAGCACUAUGCCGUGGGUCUGUUGGCCAGGGUGAUGCGCCGUGGCUUGAUGCCCUUGUGUUGCCAUGUCGCAUACCAAUUUCUCCGGAGGCUCAUCAGGGAGGAGGCACGUUGGGAUCUGUCCACCCUGGCAUUCCUUGUGGAGGUCCUGGAUUGCCUGGACUUGCGUGAAUGUGGUGACAGUGUCCUGGAGAUCGCGUCAAGGCACCUGCAGAGCGAGUGCAGGCAGAGGCGUCGCCUGGCGCUCAGAGGCCUCGUGGUGCUCAGCAAGGAACCCUCGAUGGCCAGACCUAUACACAGCCUGUGUCGAAGCUUCCUGCAGCUGCUGAGUGAUACAGACGAAGAAGUGGUCAGCAUGUCCCUGUCUGUAUUCACGAAUAUGCUCCAGAAAAAAAAUCUUCUGUUAUCAAGGACUGCAGCUCCCAAGAUAGCUGAGCCACUUCUGAUGCUUUUUGACCAUGACAAAAGCCACGUGCAGGUGCUCUCCAUUCACCUCUUCUGCAAGGUGAUGGACCUGGUAGUGGAUGAGGGAAAAAAGCCCCUGGAGAGACUCGUGAACCAGAGCCUGCUCCCGCUCAUUUUGCACUGCCAUGAUGAGAACUGGCGCGUGGCAAAUGCCUCUUGGGAAACGCUGCACUGUGCUGCCACAUUCUUGAACAACACAGAUCUCCAGAGGGUGCUGAAAACAGAGAAUCUGUCGAAGAUCACUGAAUGUGUGCUGGCACAGGACGAGAGCCGAGCGGCAGAGUACCUGCACCGGGCAUUGCCAUAUCUGGAUAGCCCGCAGGAGCCCCUACGAGAGGCAGCCGUCAGGUUCAUCGGGACGGUCAGGAAGUUCAUGCACAAGGGCGCACAAGGAAGAGCUGCAGACCCUCAGUGAGGCCAUUCAAGCCCCAAGGACAGACACCACUCCAUCCCACUGCAACCUGAACAGUCAAGCUCAGUUUGCCAGUGAACAAGUGUCCCAAGAACAGCUGCAGGACACACUGAAGAGGACACCACCUCCCAGUGCCACUGGAGAUCCAGGCAUAGCUGAUAACUGGCACAGCUGAGCCUGUGGGAUUCUCAUGGGGCUUCAGCUCUCUCCCAGCCUGUAGAUAGCUCCCUCCAGCCUUCAGACUGUGCCCAUCCCCUUUUUUCCCUCUGUUCUUCCUCCCUUUUGACAGCUCCUUACCUGCAGCCCUCCGUCUAUGCCCAUCCCCUUCUUUCCCUUUCCAGUUCAUCCCUUUGCUUCACCUUACAUUAAUAAACAGUUUGCCUUUUUCACUUAA